AUGCGCGGCUGCGGGGCCCGGCCGGCGCGGCGGCUGCUGCUGCUGCUGGCACUGGCCUGGCUGGGCACGGCGCGGGCCGGGCAGGGGGACGAUGGGGAGGAGGAGGGGAGGGAUGAAAUGCUCUCAGAUGAGCUCGGGGAGGAGGAUGGUGUCCUGGUGCUCCAUGAGCACAACUUUGCUCGUGCCCUGAGCGAGCACCAGCUGCUGCUGGUGGAGUUCUACGCACCGUGGUGUGGGCACUGCCAGCGGCUGGCUCCAGCCUAUGCCGAGGCAGCCGCCACGCUGAGGAACGAGUCCAGCCCGGCACGGCUGGGCAAGGUGGAUGCCACGGCACAGACCGCCCUGGCCAGCGAGUUUGGCAUCACCUCCUACCCCAUGCUCAAGCUCUUCCGCAACGGCAACCGCAGCCACCCCGUCGCCUACACCGGCCGCAUGGACGCCCUGGGCAUCGUGCGCUGGCUGCGGCGUCGUGCCGGGCCCAGUGCCGUGCCGCUGCGGGACCCCGGCGCUGCCGCCGCCUUCGUCAGCUCCCACGACUUGGUGGUCAUCGGCUUCUUCAAGGACCUGGGGGGAGAGGCAGCCCAGGUGUUUCACGAGGUGGCCGGCGAGCUGGUGGACGUGCCGUUUGGCGUGGCUGAGGCAGAGGAGCUCUUCCAGGCAUACGGGCUGCAGGCCGACACCGUCUGCCUCUUCAAGAAGUUUGACGAGGGACGGACCGACAUCCCCGUGGACCCAGCGCGGGGGCUGGAUGCGGCCGAGCUCACCCAGCAGCUGCGUGUCCACAGCCUGAGGCUGGUGAUGGACUUCACCAGCGAGACCUCUGACCAGAUCUUCAGUGCCAAGAUCCCCCACCACAUGCUGCUCUUCCUCAACACAUCCUCGCCGGAGCAGCUGGCGCUGCGGGAGAGCUUCCAGGCGGCCGCCGGCACCUUCCGGGGCAAGGUGCUGUUUGUGGUGGUGGAUGUGACGGGGCACGGUGCCAGCGUGCUGCCUUUCUUCGGCAUGGCCCCCGGCGACGCGCCCACGCUGCGCCUGGUCAGGAUGGACACCAACCGCAAGUACCGCAUGGAGCACGACGCCUUCUCCCACACGGCCAUCAGCAGCUUCGUCCAGGCCGUGCUGGACGGCAAGGUGAAGCCCCACCUGAUGAGUGCAGAGCCCCCUGAGGACUGGGACACGCGCCCUGUUAAAGUGCUGGUGGGGAAGACCUUCGAGCAGGUGGCGUUCGACGAGACCAAGAACGUCUUCGUCAAGUUCUACGCGCCGUGGUGCUCCCACUGCCAGGAGAUGGCGGCUGCCUGGGAGGAGCUGGGCGAGCGCUACAGGGACCACGGGGACAUCGUCAUCGCCGAGCUGGACGCCACGGCCAACGAGCUGGAGAACAUCACCAUCCAGGGCUUCCCCACCCUGCACUACUUCCCUGCAGGCCCGGGAAGGAAGAUGGUCGAGUACAAGAGCGCCCGGGACGUGGAGACCUUCUCCAAGUUCUUGGAAAACGGGGGGAAGCUGCCUGAGGAGCCACCUGUGCCUGAGACCCCUGAGAACAGCACAGGCAGUGAGGAGCCAAGUCUCCUUGAGACAGCAGAAUCCCGGGAUGAGCUGUGA